ACUUUGCUCGCGACUCUGCUUCGGCCUUCAAAGCGUCGUGUUCAAGUACGACUUGGUAACUCCUGCCAUCAUCUACUGCGUCUCUCUGCGGACCUGUAAUUAUUUCCAGGCCGUUCAUCCCUAGCAUAACAGGAUGUUCAGCGCUUUCAAACGGUCCUUGCCGCAAAUAUCAAUCUUCCAUAAUCCCUCUUCACCCCCGUCAGUCAACGCACUGAACCUCCUGAAAGCGGCUGUUUCUUCUCCUUAUCCACCUUCGAAACCUAACGCGCCUCCUCUGCAAUUCGAUCUUGACGUAGUCGAGUCCACACCUCCUACCCCUGAUCAGCUGCGUACUAUCCUGUCUUACCUACCGUCUCGGUCGGCCUCUCUUCCUCCACCGUCGACUUUUCUUUCGUCCCACCCGACAGCGCCCUCCCCAGGCGAGCAGCCGCAAACCCUCGACGGCGUGACGAAGCUGGCAUCGUCGAACCCCUCAGCCUUCAAGUGGCCUGUUGUGGUCGACUGGAGUGGCGGGAGGGCCAGUGUCGGGGACGUCGAAGGUGUCAAGAAUAUCCUGGAGGAGAUUCGGAAGAGGAGAGAUGGGGAAGUCAAAGACGACGACGAGUAUAAACCUAAAGGAUGGUUCUCGUGAGUCUCAAGCUCUUACGGUUGUCGGCCGUCUUCGUUAGUCCGCGAAUGAUGUCCAGAAGUACGCUCUGCGUUGUAUCUAUCACUCACUUCAAUCGUACUAUAGCAUAAAGGUCA